GAGGGACGGUGGUUCCGUGAAUUCGAAAGGAUCGCUACUUGCAGCUGAAUCAGUGACAGUAAGCAUGAAACCAUCGAUAGGAUGGUAUUAUUCUGCCCGCGGAAACUCCUGGGGCUGAGCAAGACCUGCCAAAUGACUAAGGAUUCUAUUCCGGAGUCAAUUCAAGCUCUCGGAUCGAAAUCGAUAAGUCCGAUCUCCUGUAACUCAGUCUGUCACCCCUAGCUAAUUAUCUCCGGGAGACCCAAUGGGAAUUCAUAUGAGGAGCGUCAAAUAUUAUUCGUUUCCCGAUAGAUACAGGGACUCCGCCCAGUUUCCUUGCCCGGACUACCCCACCAAGCUUAAGAGGUCCGUAAUGAUUCGCAAGAUCGUCGGGGGCCUCGAAGGUCUACUGACAGCACUUUCCACCGUCUCCGAUCAGAAGAAGACGUUCAUUUACUUCAUUGGCGACCGGAACGCUUCAGGCGAAAGCUGGUGUCCGGAUUGCAGAGAUUCGGAUCCGGUCGUCUCUCAGGCGCUCAAAGAUUUAGAACAUUUAGACGUGAGCUUCGUGACGUGUGAGGUUGGAGAUAAGCCGUACUGGAAAGAUCCGAAUAACGGUUUCCGGAAUACGGAGAAGCUCAGGAUCAGCAGCGUGCCCACUAUCAUUCAAUGGAAUACGGAUCGGAGAAUUAGUGACGCCGAUUGCUGCUCUAUUGAGAAAGUGAAGGAAUUCCUCUCUGAAUGAAAGUGGAAGCUAGAAAUCCGAGUUGCGAUCUACAAACGGUGCGGCUGAAGAACGGAAGAUCUCCGGUGUCUUAUGGAGAAGUUCCGCAGCUGAUGUUGAGACUCCUCGAGGAAUAAAUAACUAUUU